UUUCCGGAUAACCCUGGCUCAUGGUAAUUAUACAUGCGUGUUCAGUUCCAGCCCCAUGGGGGUCACACCUUCCCCGGGAGGCAGACGCAACAUCGCCAAAGCGUGCUAGAUCAGAUCUGUCCCUGCGAGAUACCUUCACAGUCCUUGGUUAUGCCAGCUUCUAUAAGUCAAAUCAGUUCUAUACAGUGCCGCGAGCCGAGCGACGCAGAAAUAGAACAUGCGGCUCAAGAGUUGGUGCGAAGAACCCGCCCCGCAUUGCUUGAAGGUCUGGUGAUGAUGCUGAGAUCUACGCCCCAGACUCUCCAAAAGGCUUCUCUGGAUCUACACACGUCCUUCCCGAAGUCCUUUACGACCACGGAUGCAUCAGUCCGAGCCGUGCUCGUGUAUAAAGGGGCUUCUGCGGGAGCGGUCCGGGUCACCGGCCCCAACACCCCUCAACCCGUGCCAAAUGUUGUCACAGCACCUGACGAGGUGGGCCUGGCGGUUCUCCAAGCAAAAGAAGGUCAAACGUGUAUGUUCUUCGGGAGCCGUGUUGUUCGAUUCCUGCGAUGCAAUGAAGCAUAAACAAGAAUUAUCUCACUGAUAUUAUAACCGAUCAAUCGGCAUACUUGGGACCCAAGUUAAACCAUGACUUAUCCUUCAGACUAGGUCUAAUAUUUAUGGGAGAUAGUUGUAUCGCUGACAGCCGGCUGAUCCAAAUGCAAGAUGAAAUGGAAUGGAUGUUCGAAGACAACAUUCAUCAUACUUUCUGUGACUGGUUUAGAAUCAAACAGAGUGAUCGCUUUGACUUUUGUCCUGCGGGGAUUGCAGCGCUAAGCUGUCUGUCAUGCAGCGGGGACAAGAAGGCUUGAUUCGCCGAAGAGCAGUAUUCUUAUAAUCGCUCAGCAAGUAGCAGGGCCGGAAGAUAAGCCACUACGCUGCGAAAACACUUCUAGCCCAACCUGAUC